UGUCACGACGUUCAACAUAAAUAUGUGAAAAGUUUUAAAGUCAUUGUUGAUACGCCCUUUAUGUGUUGGAAUUCGAGGACCGGCGUGUCAGAACAUAUUGUUCUUUGCCUCAAGGCAUGUGUGUAGGCGUGCAGUAGAAUAAAUGUGAUUUAUAUGGAUUCUUCGGAUGAUUUUUGUAAUUUAAAUUGAUCAAAUAAUAUUAAGAAGAUGCCAAGUCGUGGCUUCUUCUCGUGGGGUAAAAGUCGCCCACAAAACGAUGUGGUGGAGCCCAAGGUGACGAAUAUCCAGCCACGUGAGCCUCGAGAAUUUCAUCGCCAGCCUCCCGGUGUUUACCACGGGCCUAAGCGGAGUGCUGCAUCGCCUUCCAACAGCCAUAACGGAAAAUCCGGGACUUCGUUUGUCCGAGCUUCAUCCCAGAAUGAUUUGAAUAAACCCAUUGAAACCAACUCGAAAAGACCUCACCGCAAUGGCUCCCAAUUUAGUUCUCCUCUGCACAACAUGCCGCCGUACAUGCACAAUAUUCCGCCACAUCUUUUACCUCACUUUCAGCCCCGUAACCAUGUUGGUCACAACACCAGACCUCACUCCGUGUACUGGGACCAACAUAAUUUCCCUCCUCAGUUGCUCAGCGAUGACAGACCUGGCGGCAGGUACAUAGAUAACAGCCUGCCUGGACACAUGAAUCAGCAGCGCUAUAGCUCCACCUUUGACGUGUCAUCGAGGAAUCCUCCUAAAACUAAUGAAAGAACUGCUCAAGUUCAUCCUUUUAACCACAAGCACAGCAAAAACCACGUGAGUUCAUCGGCUGUCGACGUGAGAUACCACAGCAGGGAUAAUUUGGUUGAUGGCGGCCCGGUACACAAAGAUCGCAAGUCCGAGAAGACGAAUAACGUGAGUUCCGGUCCACCUGUAGCGGAGACUGACCCUAGCUCUGCCAUUAGUACAUUACCCCCUUACUGGGUUGCUAACGAACAAAUCAAUGAUUCCACUAUUAAUAGCAGUAAAGGUAAAUAUUCCAAGAGUAAAAAUGCUAAAAAUAAAAGUAAAAAAUCUGAGAAGACUAAGGAGAAUAAGAAUAAGAAGGAUAAAAAAUCAAAGAAAAGUGAAAAAAGUAAUUUAAGUCAUGAAAAGAAAGCUAAACUAUACAAAAGUCACGAGGAACUGAGAUCGUCCUAUGAUCACGGUAUUCAAAUGCAAACUAUCGAAGACAUGGAAAGAGUUAUGGCAAUGGAGAAGCAGAGAAACAGAGACGGCGGUCUAAAGCUUGGAAAAUUAGAGAAGGCCAAGACACUUGAGAGGCUUGAUAACAUUGAGAGUAUUGACGACGACGAAGAUGAUGGUUACUUCUCAAGGAGAGAUCGUGGCCUGAGCUACAGCACCGACUCUGACAGACGAAGCACCCAUGAGAUGCGUGAGAUUGACACCACGGAGCAUCACUGGAUAGAAGAACAAGAACGCAUGAGGCGCAGUGUCGAGAACAUCGCGUUCAGAAAAGCCGAGCUCAAGGUUGUGCCAUCGCCCAAAGCCCUUGACUACGAUGACGGGUCUACGUUGUACGCCCAUAAUCCCACUGUUGAAGUGACCUUAUGUGAUACCCUGGAUGGCAGGCAGUCUCUCGUAAGGGACGACAAGAAAGUCAAAGAGCGCUUGGCCCACGAGGAGGCCGCACGUCUCCAGCAAGACCAGCAGGAAGUACUGGAGAGGGAGGCUGCUCUCGCAAGUGACGCACGAAAGAAAGACGAGGAGAGGAAGCAACAUGAGUAUCAACUUAACCAGCUGAAAGUUGAUCCCGAGUUGAUCUUCACGAAGCAGGAGCGAAUUGGCAAGGGCAGCUUCGGUGAAGUAUACAAGGGCCUGGACAACAGAACCCAGCGAGUCGUUGCCAUAAAAAUAAUCGACUUGGAAGAGGCUGAGGAUGAAAUCGAAGACAUUCAGCAAGAGAUCAUGGUGCUCUCACAGUGCGACUCCCCGUUCGUCACCAAAUACUAUGGCUCUUAUCUUAAAGGCACGAAGUUAUGGAUCAUCAUGGAGUACCUGGGAGGCGGGUCUGCGCUGGACCUGAUGAAGGCUGGCAGCUUUGAGGAGAUGCACAUCAGCGUCAUAUUGAGGGAGGUGCUUAAAGGUCUCGACUACCUUCACAGUGAGCGCAAACUCCACAGAGAUAUCAAAGCGGCCAAUGUUCUCUUGUCGGAAAUGGGCGACGUAAAGCUAGCGGAUUUUGGAGUGGCCGGGCAACUCACGAACACGACCAGCAAACGCAACACGUUCGUCGGCACGCCUUUCUGGAUGGCGCCUGAAGUGAUCAAGCAGAGCGCCUACGACUCCAAGGCGGAUAUUUGGUCACUGGGCAUCACGGCGAUCGAGCUGGCAAAAGGAGAGCCCCCCAACAGCGACCUUCACCCCAUGCGUGUGCUGUUCCUCAUCCCCAAGAACAACCCUCCCCAACUCACGGGCAACUACAGCAAGCAAUUCAAGGAGUUUGUCGACUCUUGUCUCAAUAAAGACCCUGAAAAUAGACCGACUGCCAAAGAACUUCUCAAAUAUCCGUUUAUCCGCAAGGCCAAGAAGAACUCGUACCUCAUCGAUCUAAUUGAUAGAUAUAAAGUUUACAAGAGAAAUAAAACCGAUUCAGACACCGACUCUGACCCCUCAGACUCGGAAGAGAGCCAAACGACGAGCGACAUGGAGAGUCCGGCUUGGAACAUGACAGUGAAGGGCCUCCCCUCCGUACCCACCUACCCCGACCACUCGUCCCCACCUCAUUCUCUGCCUUCUAUUAACUCGAACGUCUCCUCAUCUCCUACUAAAGGCCGCUCGGACAGCUCGCCUGUCAGAGACAACGGAAUGCUCUACAGCGACACGCCCAAUUCUAGUUCCAUCUCGUCCUCAAGUAAAGAGUCUUUGGACAACAGACGAGACCUCACAAGUUCUCAAAACAACCUCCGCGAGAACUCCUCGAAUCUUAUACGCGACCUGCGCGACGAGUCGCCGGUGCGUCGCACGUCGCGCACCAGCAACGGCAGCGCCGGCAGCAGCAGCGCGAGUUCUGCGGCCUCCGCCAACAACCAAUCACCACAACGCGACGGUCCUUCUAGCGCGCAUCACAACCACGUUCAGGAUGGCUCAUCACCUCUCCACCACAACUAUCGUAAUAGCAAACAAUCAGAUCAGCUGCACUCACCAUCGUCCUCCACAUCAUCAUCCUCAUCUCAACUGAAGCAGCAGCCAUCUUCUCUGCAGAAGCACCAGAUAGGCAGAGGCUCUGCGAGUAGCAAGUCGUUCAUGCACGGCGUGUUCUUGCCUCUGGUACGAGAGGCGUACGUCGCUACCAGCAACAAUAGCAGCAAUAACAGCAGCAGCCUCUCAGAACUGUGCACGUCGCUGGAGUCCUGCGAGCGCAGCAGUCCCGGUGUAACUGAGUGCCUCGUUAGGGAACUCUUCUUGGCCUUGCAUCCUGAGUUGUCCAGCGCUACAGUUCUUAAUCAAGUUAUUAGCAAUAUGAGGCGAUAAACACUUCUAACACUUCUUUCAUUUCUAGGGUAAAAUGGUACUUUGAUAUGCGUGAUAAGUUGGAAUGUAGAGUAGGAGGCGAUAGGCAACGAGGAAUAUAUUGCGUUAAUUCCUGGCACAGCAAACCAAUCUAAUAAAUUUGAGGUACACUGAUGUUCGUUGGAGAGCGGAGAAGCACUAUUGCUUUUUAGAUUAUAUGUAGUGAGCGAUUACGUACGUAGAUCGUUCGCUACUACAUCGAUUUUUCUUCUUAAAUAAAUCAUGUAUUUAAUUAUCGGUUGGGACAUUUUCAAUGAUGUGGAUAAAACUUAGGCAGUCAUGAAUUGUAACGGAACCAUUUUCAUAAUGUAUCGUAUGAAGGGGUCGUGCGCGUUCUUAAAUUUACUUCUUGUUACACCUCUGUUUUCAAGGCAGUAAUUAGUAGUCAAGUUUUAUUGCAUUUUUACUUUACCUGAUGUUGGAUUCGAUCCAAUAAUUUGAUCCAAUCCAGCAAGAAAGUCAUCUAUGAGGCGGGAUUUGAGGGGUUCAACUUUUUUUUGUAUAUUAUUUUUCGCUACCAUCAUCGCGUGUGUGUGCUCCAGCAAUGUUAGAAUGUGGCCCUGACAGUCAAAAUUAAGCUUUUGUUUUGAGUUUUUAUGUUGUUUUAUUUGCAUUGAAACGCGCUUUGAUGGAGUGUGAUGGCCGCAAUUGAAACGAUCCUGACAGUCAUUUAAUUUAAUAUUCGAGUUUCUAUACAAAGAUACCAAUUCUCUCCCCCACUCCCAUGUGCAGUUCAUAACAUUCCGCCUGAGCGGCUAGUUUAAAGCAUGCUGGUAAUGUUCCGUUAGUUGACAAAAACAAUAGCAAGGGUUCUUUCCAGGUUGCAGUUAAAUGCUGUUGAAUUUCUCAGGAGAGAAACUAGUUAUGUUAAUGUACUCCUCUACAUUCAUUUAUUCAGGUGCAUCAUCUUUUUUCGAAUUUGGGAGAUUUUUUUAGCAUAUAACCACAGUGGUUCGUCGAGAUUUUCUGUUAUUUUUAUUUGAUGGAUUUCUACUCAAUGAUUUGAGUGUUAAAGCUUCUUAAGUUUUACCAUCAUGAAUGAAUUGAGGCAUUUUCCUUCUGUCUGGACUGAACCAUUCAUUCCGCUUGCGAAUGUUUUGCAGGCCGGUGUUACGCAAGUCUUUUAACUUGAUUUUUGCGACUGCUGGCAAAAUCUUCAUUGUAGGUUACUAAUUAAGUAAUUCGUUCUCUGAUAAAACGGAAGCUAAUGAAAGCAAGGUUAUACCUGACGCUAUAUUUUCGCAUUACGGACUUGGAUUUCAGUCUCGGUUUUGUUUGAAGUCGAUGCGCUGCUUUAUUGAUGCUACUUAAUUUCAUUCCUGCUUUGAAAGAGCUCUCGACUCGCAUACCUGGAGUUGGUUGGUUUGUUGCUGUGCGACGACCGCCUUGGAAACCAACUUACCAUAUCAAUAAAGCUAUUGGAAAUGUCUUUGAGAUGCGUUUUUUUUUUUUUUUUGCUCAACAGCUAUGAUUGUAAAGUUUUUCUCGUUGAGGAAUUUUCGUUGUCUUGCUUGAUUGUGCGCGGUCAUUCAGUAUUUUUCAGUCCGAAGGCGCGAAACUGAAUGUUAACAGAACAACAUGCAAAGGUGUCCUUUUUGUAAGAUUUCGUUUCAGCAUGCACGAUUUCAAAGAUGGCAUCUCGAAAUUGGUUUUCUUUGCAUAAAGCCGCGGCCUCACGAUUUGUCAAAUUAAUUUUUGAGAAAAUCGAGAGUAUUCUGGAUUAAGACCGCGAGAGCUCCUUCCCUUGUAGAUUACGCAAGUGCCUAUUUUGUAUAUUUUGUAUCAUCAUUUCACGGUAUCAGGUAACAUGAUUUAUGUAUUUGAUUAAAGCAUCCCUAUUAUAAUCGUUUUAAUUGCUAGGUGCCUAGCCAAUUAUAAUUUUUACGAUUAAACUUAGUUGUACAGAAUGUAUGUGGGAAGUAGUGCGAUAGGCAACUGCAUUAGUGCUCGGAUACUUUCGAGACUGUAUUUAUCUUCUACUUUUUUAUUUGUCUGUUGUGUAAUUUAAACGGUAAUUUAUACAAUUUCUUUCUGCCAAGUUUCCACUGUCAACGUCACGUCUUUUAUAGAAUUCUGAAGCCAAAGCCCUGUAAUGUAGCCACACGUAAAAGAUUGGAACAUGCUAUUGUACGCUGGGCUGCCCAUCGUGUGUUCUAGUUGCUGCCAAUUUGUCGUGGUGUUCAUCACAACACGUCACCGUUUUAGUAUUCUGUACGAUGAAGUUCUCUAAAUCUUCUGACGUAGCUUUUAUGGUCAUGACACUUGCCUUUAUAACGUAGCAAAGUUUUUGGUCCUGAUAGAGUAGAAGUUGCGUUAGUUCUUCGUGGUUUUCAAGCUUCUAUUUCACUUUAAACAGUCACUCGUGAGUUCUCGUGUUUUUCUGAAAUCUUAUUAGAUGUUAACUUCAAUGUUAGGAAUGAUUUCAUGAAACUUCAUCGCCGGAAUAUAUCAGAUGCCGGUGGUGUUCAGUGGAUUGUUGAACGUGCUUCUCGGUGCUCCGUUCUGUGGAGUAAGAGAGGUGACAUGAUAUGUGACUUCCAUAACAUAAGUCCAAUGUUAAGUAGUUACCUCUGUCGUGUUAACGUCUUGACAUAUGCUGGAAGGUCUUUUGACGACUACCGCUUAAAAUAUUUACCAUUUACCUUGUGCGUGAAUUCCUGCGUGUAUAAUUGUGGAAUUUAACGUUCGAUACAAUAUCUAUUUUGAUGAGAGUCGUAGUAGAAUCUAAUGUAUGAGUGUUGCUUGUUAUGAUGAUGCUGGCUUGUUUCUUGCGAUGGUUUGCUCUCUUUGGGAAUCAUAAGAUAGCGUAAGUUUAUCGAGCUGCUGUCGGGAGCAACAAGCACUGGCAUCUAUGCCUAAUUCUAUUUGUUGUACGUGUCUCUACUUACGUCUGGCUUCACAUUAAUGACCUCUCCUUAAACCGUGCGAACCUUACUUCUUGUUUCCAUGUGUAGUGUCGAUGUUUCUUCAGACUUGCUGCUACCAUCAAUAAUCUCUCAUAGGAAUACUGUUCAGAUGUGAGUGACGCUACAAACGUCGUAAAGGUGCGAGAAAAACAUGUUCGCGCCGUUUACGGUGGUUCAUUCGUAAGUGCUGGACGUCAAUAUAAAUAUUACAUCGGGUAAUACCAAGAUGAAAAUUAAAUAUUAAUCUGUAUUCUUUUGUUUUGACAAAAUUGUAAGAGAAUAUACUUAUUUUUAGUUCAGACUAAAAUAUAAAGUUUUGAUUUAUUUUUUCUUAAAUUGCCGAACUUAUUAGGUGUCAAAUCGAAAUUCUAUUGACAGAUGAGCUACAAAAUUAAUCUCGAACCUGUUUCUUUUCUCUUUGCAGUUACUAAUUCAUUAUUGAUGGUUAACCAUUUCACUGUCUUAGUUUUGAUUAUAAAAUAUGAUAUAUUAUGUUCAUUCUCUUUUUGUUGAUCGGAUUUUUAGUAGGAAUUCUUUUAGACGUUUCUCACAAAUUGCCCCAACUUCUAACAAUUUGUAGUCUAUUAAUUAUCUAUGUUAUCGUGGGCAUUUUAAUCUAGGAAGUGGGAGGCGUUUUCUUGGCCUGAUAAUCUUUCUUUGAACACGAUUAGUAUAGCUUGAUAUAUUGAACAUAGAAAUUAAUCACUUACAAUCGCACAUGACAAGUGUUUACUUUGUGCCUAAAAUGUUAAUAUUCCUGGAUGUGCUUUUUAUUUAAUGUCAUGUCGAUUCUAAGUUUUAGGUCAGCCAAUUCUUUGAUGAUCACUGGAAGGAUUUAUAAGGCGAGCAUAUCUUCUACAGAUCCUAGCCAGCUGGAGUGAGGCGUUGUAUUCAUUAUUCAUGUUUGUUUCUUGCAACAACCCUUGCCAAUUGUUCCAUACUGAACUCGCAUCCUGCAGUCAUGAAGCUGUUGAGUACUGGUGAUUGUAAAUGAUUUAUCUUGUUAGAAAGUAAAAUACUACAUUACACAUUUUUUGUUAAAUAAUGGUUAUGCCUUUCUAUGUACAGUGAUGGUUAAACUAUUCAUAAACUAUUAGAUGAUAUAAAGUUUGA